AUGGCGUCGCAAGAAUAUUCGAAAGAGCUUCACAUCGCUCUGCUUGCUGUUCAGCGUGCAACGCUCCUCACAAAGUCUGUUUUCCACUCGCACGCGAAAGGCACUCUCAACAAGAGCGAUGCUUCACCAGUGACGAUCGGGGACUUUGGUGCUCAAGCACUAAUUAUUGCCGCCCUGCAGCACAACUUUCCGCAAGACGAGAUCGUUGCUGAAGAGGAAGCAAAAGACUUGCGGGAAAACGAUCAACUGCGCGAGACUGUUUGGGAUCUCGUAAAGGGUGCAUCGCUGUCAGAUGCAACCGCUGAGAAUGAGCUGGGAGGGUCGAUCAGCUCGCCCGAAGCCAUGCUAGACAUUAUUGACAAAGGAAACAGCAAAGGAGGAAACCGGGGAAGGAUCUGGGCGAUUGAUCCCAUUGAUGGUACAAAGGGAUUCCUGAGAGGCGGACAGUAUGCGGUCUGUCUCGGUCUCAUGGUGGAUGGCGAUGUCAAGGUCGGCGUGCUGGGUUGCCCUAACCUUCCUGUAUCGGACAGCGAGCGUUUGAGCGAAAAUAUUGGUGCCGAUGCCACCGAUGCAGAAGGCAAGGGCGUGCUCUUUUCCGCUGUGCUUGGCCAAGGCGCGCAGAGCAGACCUCUCUCUAAGGACACUGUCUCAAGCCCAUCGUCCAUCCACAUGAAGCCCCUCGCAAACAUCUCCGAGGCUACUUUCUGCGAGUCCGUCGAGGCCGGGCACAGCAGCCAAGGCGACGCUGCAGCCAUUGCUCAAAAGCUCGGCAUUACCAAACCUUCAGUCCGUAUGGAUAGUCAAGCCAAAUAUGGCAGUAUCGCUCGAGGCGCAGGCGAUCUCUACCUCCGUCUGCCCGCACGCAAGGAUUACGUCGAGAAGAUUUGGGAUCAUGCUGCCGGUGACUUGAUCGUCCGUGAGGCGGGCGGCCAAGUCACCGAUGUGGAGGGUAAGCGUCUCGACUUCAGUCUUGGACGGACGUUGGCGAACAACAAGGGCGUGAUCGCGGCGCCGAAGGAUGUGCACGGCGAGGUUAUUGAGGCUGUCAAGAGUAUACUGAACAAGUAG